AUGGGCCUCGUGCAUUGGGGGCUUCUGCUGGGUUGCCUGGGCUGCGGAAUUCUGCUUGGAGUUCAGGCUCAGUUUCCGAGGGUCUGCAUGACCUUGGAAGGUGUGCUGAACAAAGAGUGCUGCCCGCCCCUGGGCCCUGAGCCCGCCAACAUCUGUGGAUCUCAAGAAGGUCGCGGGCAGUGCACAGAGGUGCAGACAGACACCAGGCCCUGGAGUGGCCCUUAUGUCCUUCGAAACCAGGAUGACCGGGAGCAAUGGCCAAGGAAAUUCUUCAACCGGACAUGCAAGUGCACAGGAAACUUUGCUGGUUAUGAUUGCGGAGGCUGCAGGUUUGGCUGGACCGGCCCCAACUGUGAUCAGAAGAAGCCACGGGUCCUACGGCGGGAUAUCCAUUCCCUGACUGCCCAGGAGAGGGAGCAGUUCCUGACCGCCCUAGACCUGGCGAAGAAGACGGUGCACCCGGACUAUGUCAUCACCACACAGCACUGGCUGGGACUGCUUGGACCCAACCGAACCCAGCCACAGAUCGCCAACUGCAGUGUGUAUGACUUCUUUGUCUGGCUCCAUUAUUAUUCUGUCCGAGACACAUUAUUAGGUCCAGGACGCCCUUACAAGGCCAUAGAUUUCUCACACCAAGGGCCUGCGUUUGUCACCUGGCACAGAUACCAUUUGUUGUGGUUGGAAAGAGAUCUCCAGAGACUCAUUGGCAAUGAGUCCUUUGCUUUGCCCUACUGGAACUUUGCAACCGGGAAGACUGAGUGUGACGUGUGCACAGACGAGCUUCUGGGAGCAGCGAGACAAGAUGACCCAACCCUGAUUAGUCAGAGUUCAAGGUUCUCCACCUGGGAGAUUGUGUGUGACAGCUUGGAUGACUACAACCGCCGGGUCACACUGUGUAAUGGAACCUAUGAAGGUUUGUUAAGAAGAAACCAAGUAGGAAGAAAUAGCGAGACAUUGCCAACCUUAAAGAACAUCCAGGAUUGCCUGUCUCUCCAGGAGUUUGACAGCCCGCCUUUCCUCCAGAACGCCACCUUCAGCUUCAGGAAUGCUCUGGAAGGUUUUGAUAAAGCGGAUGGCACACUGGACUCUCAAGUUAUGAGCCUCCAUAAUUUGGUUCACUCCUUCCUGAACGGGACGAAUGCUUUGCCACACUCAGCUGCCAAUGACCCUGUUUUUGUGGUCCUCCACUCCUUCACAGAUGCCAUCUUUGACGAGUGGCUGAAAAGAAACAACCCUCCCACAGAUGCCUGGCCUCAGGAGCUGGCACCCAUUGGUCACAAUCGGAUGUAUAACAUGGUUCCCUUCUUCCCACCAGUGACUAAUGAGGAACUUUUCUUAACCGCAGACCAACUUGGCUACGAUUAUGCCAUUGAUCUGCCUGUUUCAGUGGAAAAAGCUCCAGUUUGGACCACAACCCUCUCAGUGGUCACGGGAACACUGGGAGCUUUCGUCGGUCUCUUGGGGCUGCUGGCUUUCCUUCAAUACAGAAGGCUUCGCAAGGGCUACGCACCCUUAAUGGAGACACAUCUAAGCAGCAAGAGAUACACAGAGGAGGCCUAG